UUUAAGAGGACGCUUUGUCAUAAACGGAUCCACUCCGAUUCAAUCAAAAUACAAAUCUUAACUAUUCUUAACAUGGACAUGGAUAACCAACUUUUCAUAGAUACUUUGAAGCGCAUUGGUUACCCUGGAGUUAAUUCAAUAGAUCCGCGUUCCGCUGAGUUUACUCACGAAAUUGAGUCAAAUCUGUCGUUUUUACAAUGGAUGUUUAAUAGCAUUAGUGAAGAAAAUGUUUUAACUGCUGCAGAAUUGGAAGAGUUAGUUUUAGUUUUUUUUAAACUAAAAUUUACUUAAACUGAUUUUCACUUUUAUGACCAAUUACGGUUUACGCCUUUUACUUAUUACUGACAUUUACUUAAUUAUUUUACGGUACAUUUAAAUUUUAAAAUCAUUUAACUUAUACUUAUAGAUUAAUCUUAUGAUUUAUGAAUGUCUUUCUUACAUAAAGUUAAGGCUGUGGCUAUUCAGAACCGGCCCCGGGUAUCAGAAGUGGAAAGAAGUGAGAGUUUGGGUUUAUUAAAAAAUAUUAAAAAUAAUAUUGUAGGGUUUGUAAGACAAAAUUAAGUAUAAAAUGAAAGAUAAUUGAAUGAUCUAUAUUUUUUUUAACUUACUUCUUCGGUUUAACUAAAAUAAACUACCACAAAAUGUCAUCCGAAUAGCAUUUUGUCGGGUUCCAGACAGGCAUAGGCAUAGCCGCUAUUUGGACCCGGGUUCCUUUAAACUCAAUGCCAUUUUCAUGUCAUUUGUGGUAGUUUUUUUACUAUAAUAUAUAAUGUUUCGCUUUUAAUGUUACUUAACAUUGAUUUACCCCCUCCCCCACGUCACACAUCGUCACUAAAAUGUGACCCCCGCCCGCCUUUAGACGUGUGAGUGUGACAUUAUUUAUGGAUGGCCCCUAUCAUCAUAAAUAUGCUAAUUAUAAGAGUGUUGGACUGAGAUAAUGAUAAAUAGAGUUUUCAAACAUCAAUUUUUUGUCCUGAUGAAGCCAAUGAAGGCAUUUGCCGAAAGGUUUAAAUUUGUAUUCUGUGUAACCAUAAUUAAAGCUUUACCUAUAUUUAAAUUGGUAAAUGUACGUAAUCUGCGUCAUGACAUUUGCCACAGCUGCCAUCUUGGUUGCCAUGACCCAUCAAGAAUGUGCUGGUUUAGCUAUUAACAGAGAGAAACGAAAAUUGGAACAAAAUGUUAAAAUUUAAUAUAAUAAUUUCAGUUGGUACAUAAAUUUCAUGGCAAGUGAAGCAACUUUAUUAUAUCCCUCUAGAUAUGGGGCAAGAAGCGCGAAUGACCUGCAGUUGCCUCCUUUUCUGGCGUAAUUUCAGCUGGUACAUGCUCCUUUCCCUCAACUAAAACAUGUGUGCUGCUACAGAUAUACACUGUGUUAAGAAAACUGUAAAAAUGAAGAAAAACAAUACAAACAAAUUCAUUGUCAAAUAAUGAAAACCCAACUUUAAUUUUAUAGAAUACACUUUUACACACUUUAUUUCAGGUAAAAGUUGUCAGAAAAUCAAUACAAUGCCAUUUUCAAAAAUGUAGGAAAAUUUAAAUAUUAUAAUUAAUCAACCAAUGAAAUUUAAUUUAAAUCAUUCCAUCAUUGGAUUAAAGAAAAGUUGACUCAAGUAACAACACAAGAAUAAACAAAAGCCACCGACGCCAAGCAGUAGUGGUGGGCGGUACAAGCUCCUCCUUUGUCAAUGUGAAGUCAGGGGUCCCCCAGGGAUCAGUCCUGGGCCCCUGUUUGUUCCUAGCAUACAUUAAUGACCUACCGGAGAAACUGACAUCACAGGCAAGACUGUUUGCAGAUGACACAGCAGUGUAUAGGACGAUCGCCAACAGAUCUGACCAGGACCAGCUACAACAGGAUCUCAAUCUGUUAGCUGAGUGGGAGAUGAGCUGGGACAUGGAAUUUCACCCUGCCAAGUGCCAGACACUAUCAAUCUCUAGAAGUUGUACUCCUCUACACUACCAAUACAAACUGCACGGCCAUAUUCUUGAGCAAGUUUCCUCCGUAAAGUACCUGGGUGUUACCAUUCAAAGAGAGGUCCGCUGGGACGAGCAUAUUAACAAUGUAUGUAACCAAGCAAACCAAGCCUUGGGGUUCUUAAGGCGAAAUCUAAAGAUUGGCAACUCCUGUGUGAAAGAAAGAGCAUAUAAAGCCUUUAUCCGUCCGAUUUUAGAUUAUGCAUCUUCAGUCUGGGACCCAUUUACCCAGAAGAGCAUUGACAGGUUGGAGGCGGUCCAGCGACGAGCAGCACGCUUUGUCCUAAACCGCUACAGGAAUACCUCUAGUGUUGGCAGCAUGCUAGAAACACUAGGCUGGUCACCAUUGGAGAAACGACGACGACAAUCCAGGCUCUCCAUGAUGUACAAGAUAAAUAAUGGGCUGGUCCACUGUUCCAGUAUUAAACAGAAACUCGUCCCUCUCCCCCAUAGACAGCGACGAGGCCAUGACAGGCAAUUCAGGCUCAUACCAGCAAGAAGCCAGUAUAGGAGCUGCUCAUUCCUGCCCAAGACAAUCAGGGACUGGAACCAUCUUUCAAAAGGAACAGUUGAGGCGACAACACUAGACACAUUUGUGUCUAUUGCCUCAAGCCUUCAAACCCCUAGUGCAUAAUUUCCUCGUCACCACCAGUAACAGAAACAUUGCAAAUCCCAUCUACAUGCAUAGGAGCCUAAAUGAUCAAUAAAUUGAUCGUGGGCCCUUAAGAUAUAGAAGAAGAAGAAGAAAAGCGAGAGAAUCCUACACACACAUACAUCAUGGCGUGGAUUGCAGAAAUUGACCUUUAUAUUGUUUUAAUUUUAUUUGCACAAAUUGUUUGUGUUUCAUUAAUCUUCCUAAUAUUAAUAUGCUUUUGUUAAAUUGCUUAUUUCAUCAUUUGAACUGCUAGUUGUGACUCCUACUCUUAAUAAUACUCUCUAGUGGUCUCAGAGUCUCUAGUCUACUAACUUAAUUCAACAAACACUGAAACAGCAAGACCACCUGGCCCACCUCCUUGUUACUUACAUGACACUAACUUAGUUACCUAGGCAUAACUAUAUGAUAUUAGGUAAAUAUCUAGACUAGUCUUAGUUUACAUUUACACAUAUAAAGCAUUUAUUUCUACAAAAACAAACUUUUUCCCCCCAAGGCCUAAGCCAACUAAGUGAGUUUGAAUAAGUCUCAUUCUUUUUUUCUUUAAACCAGACCAAGCAGUUGAAAAAUUUAAAUAUAAAAUAUAGGCUUUUAGUGUUGGUGUAAAGGUAAAACCACUGAAACUUAUUGAGUUGUGGGAGCAAUUAGUGUAUAAUUAGACCUACAUGUUUAGAGAACUGACAAACUUAAACCCAUCAUAAUGUUGCUUCAUUAGAAAAAAAAUGAUACACAGUAUUAUCCUUAGUAAAUGUAGCUGUGAAGGUAAAAACUUGGAAGUAUGCAAUUUAUACAUUGAAAGUAUUUUUGUCCUCAGUGUCUUGAAAAUGUAAGCCAUUAUCAUUAAGCAUAGUUAUUACAAUUAAGGAUGAACAUUGAAUUGAUGAUAUAGGCCCUAUAAUUUGUAUAAUUUAUUUCAGAUACCAGCAGUUGCAGGAUUCAGGUGGUACUUUAAGUGGCUCUCACCUGGAGGAGGCACUAAAAGUUAUGACCUGGAAUAACGCACCAUUAUCAAAUGGAGGGUGAGUUCACACCUCAUCAUCAUUUCUUGAAAUUCAAUUUUCGUGAAAAGUAAUUUUGAGAUUUAGUUUCUGUUAUCCAGUCAAAGUGAGCGUCUUAAAUUUAUUUAUAAUUUGCUAAAAAUCUUAUGUUCCAUUUAUUUUCUUUGUGAUCCAGGGAUGAUAUUCACCAAUUGGAAGAGUCUCUGAAACAAACUAAAAUUCUGAAGGAAACAAUGAAAUAUCGCUCUGAUAAACUCAAGUAAGAAUUUGAACUUUAAAAAAAAAUAAAAAAUAUGUGUAUAUAAUAUGUCAAAAGAAGUAGUCUUUUAAUAUUUUGUUUUUCAACCAUCAUGAAUGAAUUAAUGAAUUUUUGGGAUGGUCAGUAAUAUAAGCAUUGUUUUCAGAUAGGCCAAGGUUUUAACCUUAUUCUCCCCCCUCAUUUACUUAGUGAUCUUUCUUACCGAUUCAUUCCUUAACUAUUGGAUACAGUUUUACUUGUUGAUAUUUGAGCAACACCAGGUCAAAGAAAACCCAUUUUGGGGGAUUUAUAAUUUUUAAACUUCAGCUUUCUUAUGGAAGCUUAACAAAUUAAGUCUAAUUUUCCGCAUUAUUGCAAUACAAAACGUGUAUUUUUUUUAAUGAGAGCUCACAUGUAAAAUUAUUUGAACUUCUUCACAGCAUUGCAUGAUAGACAUUGAAUUAUUUAUAAAGUAGUUUGAAUUAUAUUUUUGUAUUUUAUAGAGUUCAACACUUGACUUUGUGCAAUAAAGUAACCCAGAUGGAAGAAGUUGAGGAGCAAUGUAAAACAUGCAAAAAAAUGACAGAAAAUAUCAGUUCUCAUGAUACAAAGGUAUUUAUUAUUCUUAUCUGUGUGUUGAUCACUUGCAGUGUUAACCUUACACAAACAUUUACAUUAUUUAAAAAAAAAAUUAAUUUGCAACUUUCGGGAGAAAAAAAAUCACAAUUUUUUAGCUCAUGGCCAGUGCUAAACCGGGUUGCAAAAGGAGAACGGUUUGUGUGAGUUCAACUACCUCACCUGCGAAAAACAAACUGCUACAGAAAUAUCAACAAGAAGAAAACAAGCCAACAAUUUCAGCCCUGAUAAGAGAGGGAUCUUCUUCACCAAGAAGAGUUAUGAAGCCUUGCUGCCGAAGCCAGGUUAUACUGGAAGCCUCAAAGCCGAGGACCCUCCUCUCAGAGGCAUUAAGUAUAGGCUCAUGGAAUUUAGAGCCAUGUAUGAGGCCGUAAAAUCAGCGCAAUUUACGGCAGAAAUUAGAACAUACAAACCCACCCUGCUCUGCAUUUGUGAAACAAGAUAGACACAAGCUGGACAGUUAACAUUGGCCUUGGGACCAACAUUUGUAUACUCAGAAAAUCAAAUUGACCGCAUGUGCAUUUUCAAAAAAUUCGGGUUUCUACGAGAUAUAUUAAUUCAGGCCUCUACAACACAUGUGAGCUAAUAGAGGAGCUGAUGUUCCAUCUAUUCACUAUUUAGUUUGGGCAAGACUCAAGGCACUAAAGGAAAACAGUGAAAACCCAGCUGCUGGGUGACUCAAACACAACACAGCACUUCUUGUAAAUGAGCAAAAACAACAGGAAUUCAGUGUUACCUUGAGACAUAAGCUCCAGGUACUGCAAGACCAAGCAGAUCAUGACCAGAUAGAACUUCAGUGGCAAAAAAUAAAAACGUCCAUAACAUCCAUGUGCAAAAGGAUUUUAGGACCUGUGAAGCAUUAAGACCGAUAAAGCAUUAAGACCGGUGAAGCAUUAAGACCGGUGAAGCAUUAGGACCGGUGAAGCAUUAAGACCGGUGAAGCAUUAAGACCGGUGAAGCAUUAAGACCGGUGAAGCAUUAGGACCGGUGAAGCAUUAAGACCGGUGAAGCAUUAAGACCGAUGAAGCAUUAAGACCGGUGAAGCAUUAGGACUGGUGAAGCAUUAGGACUGGUGAAGCACAAACCAAGAGAUUGGCUCUCACUCAACCUUUUGCCAAAAAUAAAUGAGAGGAAAGAAAUGAAGUCUGCAGUAAACAAAAGUUUCACUAGGGCAGAGAAAACAAAACCACAGGAGAAAUAUAAAGAAACCAAUGGUAGGGGAAAUGGGAAAGAUGAGUAUUAAAAAAGGAUAAAAGAGGUUACAUAGAUGGUGUAGCAUCAACAGCAGAACAAGCGACAAGAAAGGAAAACAUAAAAGAGCUCUGUGAUAUAGCAAAGCUCUCAGGAAGAUACAAGGACCCAGAAAGAUAUAUCAAGAAAAGAACCAAACCAAAAAAACCAACAGAUUGGUGGAAUACUUUGAGGAAUGACUAAACAGACCUUCACCCACAGACACACCAUAUAUGCAACAAACAUGACGAUUUACAAAUAGAAGACAGUCCCCCUAAUCAGGAAGAACAGCAGCUUAAGAUUGGGAAAGCAUCUGAACAGGGUAACAUCACAGCAGAGAUGAUGAGAGCAGAUAUAGACACAAGAGUCAACAUGCCUCACCCUCUGUUGGAAACGAAAUGGGAAGAAGUGAGAGUUCCAAAAGAUUGGAAAGAAAUUAGGACACCUUAUCACGAUACCAAAGACAGGGAAUCUUAGCAACUGUGCAAACUAUAGUGGAAUUACUCUGCCGUCUGUACCAGGAAAGGUAUUUAACAUAAUUUUUGUUAAUAGAAUGAAGGACCAUGUAACCUGCAGCGAUGAGAUCAAGCGGCUGGCUUCCACCGAAACAGAUCAAAUUGUAACACCACAAAUCAUUGUAGAAGAGUUCAUUGAAUGGAACAUUCCCCUAUUCCUAAAAUUCAUUGACUAUGAAAAGGUCUUUGUUAACCUGAACCGACAAACCUUUUGGAAGCUUCCCGGCAUUAUGGGGUACCAGAAAAAAUUGGUCAGGAUCAAUUAGAGUUCUUAUGAAGAGAUGUCAUGCAGGGUGGUACACGAAGGUAGACUUACAAAUGCCUUUAAACUGGAAACAGGAGUCAAACAAGGGUGUCUGUAGUCCCCUUUCCUAUUCAUCCUUGCCAUUGACUAGAUAAUGAAUGAAUCCACAGACAAAAAGAGGAAUGAGAUACUGUGGACACCCUUGGAACAACAGAAUGACCUUGACUUUGCAUAUGACAUUGCAUUUCUGUUCCACAACCAACGGCGACAUUGCACUUCUGUUCCACAACCAACGAUGACAUUGCACUUCUGUUCCACAGCCAACAACAAAUGCAGGAAAAGACGAGAGAUGUAGCCACCAUUUCAGCACAGUUCGGAUUCAACAUAAAUAAAAGCUAGACAAAGGUCGUGAAGUAAACCAAGCCAACCAAGAGCAUAUCUCUCAUGCAAGAAAUGCACUGGAAGAAGUGGAGGCCUUAGGCACAUAUUUCACAUACUGAGGCAGCGCCAUUGACAUCAUUGGUGGGUCCAAAGCUGAUGUCAGGGAUAGAUUGGAAAGACUAGGUCAUCAUUUGUGUGUUCUUAAAGAUAAUAUGGGAAUCAAAGGAUCUGAGUCUACAAACCAAAGCCAGAAUUUUCAACACAAAUGUCAAAGCAGUUCUACUCUGUGGAGCCAAAACUUGGAAAACGGCAUCGAGCGUCAUGCAGAAAGUAAAGACCUUCACAAACACUUGGCUUUGAAAGAUCAAGAACAUCAAAUGGCCGAACACCACCACCAACAAAGACUUACUAGAAAGGACAUAGCAGGAGCCUAUUGCUGAAGACAUCAUAAGGAAAAGAUGGAAGUGGAUAAGACACAAUCUCCGCAAACCCCCAGAUAAUAUCAUUAGAUAAUCCUUAACAUGGAAUCCACAGGGAAAAAGGAAGAGAGGAAGCCCAAAGGAUACAUGGAGACAUGAGCUAGAGGCAGACACACAAAGUAUGGGAUACACCUGGAGAUAUGGGCUAGAGGCAGACACGCAAAGUAUGGGAAACACCUGGAGGCAACUGGAAAGGAAAGCACAGAACCAAGAUGAAUGGAAAACUAUUAUGGACGGCGUGGGUAAAAGGCAGAAAGGAAAUGAAAUUGAAGGGGUAACUAAAUAGUGUAACUUUUUUGAAUUAAAGAAGGCAAGUGUCAGCAGUCUGACCAUGUUACCUUGAGCUUUGUUUUAUUUCUAAAAAAAAGUUUCAUUCUUAACAAAUAUUUCUAUGAAAAAAUAAUUAAUAAUAAUUUCAUUGGCCUUACUACAUAGCAGUAAAAAAUUUCUUAGCAGCGGCACUAGAAAGACUUUCUAAUAACACUAACGGGAUGUAGAAAGACUUUCUAAUAACACUAACUGGAUGUAGAAAGACUUUCUAAUAACACUAACUGGAUGUAGAAAGACUUUCUAAUAAGACUAACUGGAUGUAGAAAGACUUUCUAAUAACACUAACUGGUUGUAGAAAGACUUUCUAAUAAGACUAAAAUGUAAUUUUACGUCUAAUUUAUUUGGUUGUUUUCUUUGUCUUUAUUGACUAUGAGAAGUGCAGAUAUUCUUGGCGUUUUGUCUGGUCAACAACCGGUUGUUAAUAAAAAGGAACCAUUCAUCUUGAAACGGAUUAUUUCUAUUUCAUUAGUUCAUUCUUUUGGUUUACGAACAUUUCCGGUCACGAACCAAGUUCUGGAACAAGUUAAGAUCGUAACCCGAGGAACCACCAUAUAAUGAAACAUUAACUUUGUCUCUGUCCUUUUUAAAACUUUCUUUAGGUCGACCAAGCUCUGGAAAAGUUGCUUGAAAGUGUGGAGUCACUUGUUCAUCUUUAUAAAGGAUCCACUGCCAAAAGUGGGGCUGGUGACAGUGUAGAGGGGCAUCCGGUCUUUCUUUCCCAGAUAGAUUUGAAUGCAUUCCACGAAGCAGAGGAAAGAUUCUCUCAUGAUCUCACAGCUUUCACUAAGAAACAGUUUUUUGAGGUGAGCCAUAAAUGAUCUACCGUAAUGCCAAACUCUUUAGAAUGUACAUGGUGUAGAACUAAAAAAUUAUUAAAAUAUCCUUCAGCUGACUGUAAACACAAUUUAGAACCAAUAACUUGACUGGCAUUCGGUCAGAUUUUGAUGAUUAGUUUGGCAAUAGCCAGUUUUUUAAAUGUUGAACUUGAGCAAGUGUCAUUAUAGACAGGGAUUUGGAGCGGAGCUGGAGCUCAGAACUCUGGGGCAGGGCCUUUUUGCCCAGCGUUGAAGCUGAGCUGGAGCUCAGAGCUCUGGGUCUUUUUGCCUGUAGCUGAAGAUGGUAAACUUUCUUACUGCUCUGAGCUCUAGAGCAGGGGCUGAAGCUCGGAAACAUUUUAUUAAAUUAAAUUACAAAAAAAUUAUAAAUUACACAUUUUAUUAUUUUAAAAAUUAAUUUAUUAAAAUUGAUACCAGCUAUGUUGACCCACUCUUCUACCGGCUACAUUUUUCCACUCUUUGACCAUCUACAUUGUCCCACUCUUCUACCAGCUAUGUUAUCCCACUCUUCUACCAGCUAGCUAUAUUGCUGGUAAAUUCACUUCUAAUUCUAAUGCCUAAUAUCCCUAAUUGACAAUAAGAAACACAUUUCAUUUCUUUAACACCAAAAAAACUUCAACCGCCCCUCCCCCCUUUCCCAUAUAAAAAAUAACAAUCUUGAUCCUUUGAAUACAAUCUAUUUUAAUGUCAGCCAUUUAGCUGUUCAUUCAUCUUGUUAUGAUUUAAGUCUGUGGACUAUAUGGGACAAAAAUUAUCAAUAUAUCUUCAAAAGGGCCAUUUAUACUUAAUACUGAUUAUCUGCAGAUCCAUUGGAGCUUAGCAGGAGCUAACAAAAACUUGUCUGGAGCAGAGCCUGCUCCAAAUCCCUGAUUAUAAGUGAUUGAGUGAUAACCAAAAUGUACAAUCUUGUGACAUUUGAGGUACUGAAAAUCAAUCAAUAUGCUCUCACGUAUGUCAAGUUAGCAACAUAAAAUCCUUUGAGAGCAGUCUGGGAAAAUCAACAUACAGGGUCAUAUCCCUAUUGUAAGAGCAGGCACAUGUCUGAAUGGGCGUUCAGUGGCAACGCUGUAGUGAAUUCCUCAUGGAACAUAAAAAACACGGAUGCCAUCGAAUGAAACUUUUCCACAUCUCAAACACCUUCCUCGGACCACCGGGAUCUUGGGACCACCGGGAUCUUGGGACCACCGGGAUCUUGGGACCACCGGGAUCUUGGGACCACCGGGAUCUUGGGACCACCGGGAUCUUGGGACCACCAGGAUCUUGGGACCACCGGGAUCUUGGGAUCCAGGCACAAAAUGAGUUUCCUUCACCCUUACAUAAUUUCAGGAACACAUCUUUUACAAACAUUUCGCAACAUCCUUCAUAAUUAAUUACCCACAUCUCACCAAUUAUGACAAAUUAUUUCGCAUUACUACAAUAAGGAUAGGAAACGUAUAUGCUAUAUGUGAAACAGUAUAAUCAUGCUGAAGAGUUUAUACUAGAACUUUGUUAUUUUCACUUUGAAACUUAUCGUUUUCUUUUAAUCAUUUACUUUCUUUAUGUAAAAUAUCUAGGGUAUGGCCGAGCUGUCAGGGGAUAAGGAAAAACUGCAGUAUGACUUGUUAGAUGUCACGUCGGCUGUACACACACAAGUCGGUGAUAAAGAUCAAGUCUCCUUCAUUGAAGACUGCCAAGAAUUCAGUCGACUUCAGAGAAUGUAGUUAUUUUUACUAGCACUUUAUAUAUAUAACGACUUACAUCUUACAAGUCAAAGUUUCAUUUAUUUGCAUCUUCUAUACAUUAAAAAUAUUUCAUUAAAAUCAUUCUUUAUUUUGAUUGAUGAUUUAUAUAGAGUUUGUAAACAUUAAUCUUCUAACAAAAUGCUGCAGUGUAAUAAAUCCAGUAGAUAUAAUACUAAGUUGGCACAAAUAUAAUUUAUGUCAGUGACACUUUUAAUUGCUCUUUUUGAUCUGAAUAGUUUUCCAAAGAGUGAAUGUGAUCACAUCAAUGCUUUGCUAAGUGCUAAAAAAGCACUGAGCGCUGUUCAUGAAGCCAGAUCUAUCCUUCAUCAGCUGAAGUCUGGCCAGUUUCCUACAUCGCCUUCAGAAAUCAGGUAUUUAAAACACCCUCCUCCUUUGAUGGCAAAUACGAACCAUGUUGUUGGCAUGGUGAUGAACUAGAGUUCACAUCCAUUAGCAUUAAUAUAAUUGUGAGAAGCACAAAGUAAAGAUGGUGUGAAGAAAUGUUUAAGAAAUAUGACACAAUUAGCUUAGAAGCAACUAAAUUUUAAGUAGAAUAUAAUGCAUCAUAAAUCUGUUGGUUUAGUACUGCUUGACAGCGGAGUAGAUUCUGUGUUUUGAUUUAAGAUGUGUCAUAUUGAAUUAUCUUUGUCUUGACCAGUCGACUGCACCAUUCUGCAGAAGAAAGCAUUGAAGCAGCCAAAGAGGUGGCUUCCCCCUUAGCAUCAUCGUUACCUGAUUUGCUGCGCGAAUUAGGAGGUUUACAAGGAACCGAGAUUCUCACCGGGGAUUAUAGUUUAAAGUUAAAACGUCAGGACUACUUUACCAGGAAACAAGAAAAGGUAAGCAUGUUCUAACUUCAGAUGGCGUACAAAGGUACUGCGGGCUUUUUUUAAGGAGGUUAGUGUUGGAAGUAUAAAACUCAUACCAGCAAGAUCACGGUACAAGAACUCACGGUACAAGAACUCAAGGUACAAGAACUGCUCAUUCCUGCCAAAGACAAUCAGGUACUGGAACAAGCUUCCAAAAGCAACAGUUGAGGUGAAAACCGUUGACACAUUUGCGUCUAUUGCCUCAGGCCUUCCAACCCCCAGUUCCUGAUACCCUCACUGUGUAGCCCUUACAACCAGUGAAAUAAACCUCUUUAGUCUGCUUUAGUCAUAUUUUUGUCCGCAGGUAGCUGUUUUUUCAUUCUUGUUCCAGAUUGUUUUAUUGAGUGACAGCACUUGACAAAACUUUACAGGUUAAAUUAUUAUUGAUGUACUAUUAGACUAAAGAUAUUUAUACCCAAAUGCGUCCCAAAUACAAAGCACAUAUCAACAGCUGCACAAUUUAUCUCCACACAAAAAAACGCACCCAUUUAACAAAGCUAAGCAUUAACAUCCUGAAAAAACAGGAUGUAAUGAUUUUUGAAGGAGGGGGCUGAAAAUUUAAAAGAAUGUUUUGUUAUCAGCAACGAGUCUAUGUGCCAAGUUUCAGCUGGAUAGGAUGACAGGAAGUGGGUCAUUAAGCCUUUGAAGAUUUUGACAGAAACACACAAACAAAAGUGAAGUUAAUAUAACGGUUUUAAAAGGGAAUAAAUCGUAAUCUUAUAUUAACCUUGCACAUAACCCUAAAACUACCCGGUACUAAAAGUAAAAGCUAUACUUUGUAAAUGAGAAACUUGUUUAAGUUCAAAAAUUAUGUCAAUGAUAAGGAAAGGAGUCUUCUUAGUAAUAUUUAAAAUAAAUUGUAUAAUACAUAUAAAUAAAAACUGAACUUAAUUGUGUAAGUAUUCAAUUGUUAAUUAGUUAUUAAAGCCUAUCAUUUUAGGAUUGCUUUAAAAACUCAACUAACUUCCCUUUAAUUUGAUCAUCAAUAUCAUUGUUCAGAGUUGUGGACUGUUUUUUUUAAAUAGGUGAUUGAACAACUAUUGAGCCAGAGGGCAAGAAAUGAAUUCCUGACCAUGAUGUAUGACCUAGAGACUCGAUGUCAUAGAGAAACUCAUGCAUUAUUAACCUCAGUUAAACAAAUGCUUGAAAAACAUUUGCAGGAAUGGCAGCAGCGAAAGGUAUGUUGUUGUUUUUUAAGCGUGUGCAAAUUCUUCAAUAGUUUGUUUUUUUUUAAAUCAAAAAGAACAAAUGAAGUAAGGCGCUUUUAAUUCAAAUGGUGUUGCCGUUUAAUAAAGUUCAUUUUGGAAUGUUUCAUAUUUGUCUGCAAGCUUGCAAAGUGUUAUUUACCGUUUUCCUCAUUAGCACUGGUCAUUUUGUUUUCAGCAAGGCCUUGAAGAUCCAGAUCUCAGUGCAUCAAAGUUUGAACGUAGUGUAGUGGAUACAAGGGACACAUCCUCUUCAAAACUUUACAGCCUACUUGGUUUGAGACUCUUUUCUUAUUUGUCAAUGAUAACAAAUAACAAGGGUGUUCCGUAUUUUAGACAGCGAUACAAGAGAAGUACAAACUGAAAUGAUUUUGUUUAAAUUGAUCUUUUAGCUCAUAGCUCAUUAUACUUUAUCGAUAUUACUUUUUCUAUUAUUGCUCAUUAUACUUUAUCUAUAUUACUUUUUCACCUGGAACAUUUGUUUCAAAUUUUGCUUUUUCUUUUCAAAAUUAAAUGACAGGAAAUUCAGAGAAAGAUGAGAAAAUGAUGUACCUUCCUAAAGAAAAACUCGUAGCUAAGGCUAAAGAUUUCCACGACAACUACAUAAGAGCAGAGGCUUUGGAUCACACGAUGGAUGAGAAAUAUUUGAAUAAAGUCAGUGAGUUGUAAGUACGACAAGCACGUCCUUAACCAAAUUAUCUACCCUUUGUGAUAAAAAUAUUAUCUGUAUGACAAGCUCAUAAACAUCAAACUAUGGAGAAAAGAAAUUUGGUUGCUGUAUUACUUAAUAGCUGCACUUGCUUUAUACUUUAAAAUAAAACAUGAUAGUAGUCAGCCUGGUUAAAAUUUGUGUAAUGUUGAGCUUAAAGUUAAAAAUAGUUCUGUAUGCAAUUGUGAAAAUGUAUGUAUCAAGGAAGCUUUUUUUAAAUAUAACCUUUUCUAUGGUGAUACAAUUAUACUAUUACAAUUAUACUAUUAUCAGAGAACUUUCAGCGACUUAAAUUGAUUAAAAAAAUGUCAAAAUGACAAGGUACCAAGUGCGCUGCAUAACUUUGUUUGGUUGAAUUAUUCAUUAAGGACUUUUUUUUUUAAACUAGGUGAAAAUAAGUUGUACACAUCUGAACCCCUUGAACUCGCUUUAUUGGUCUGUGUUUAAAAAUCCAUACUCUGCCCGACCAAUAUUUCGGUCUCCCUUGACAAUUCCUAUUUUGUGUUGUAAAUACUAAGGUCAGGAUACUAAAUGUCACAGAAAUGCCCGCGCCCAUUGAUGCAUUGAAUUUGUAAUGUUUUUGACAUGGAGGUGACAAAAAUGACUAUUCUAACAGACUGAAACCAGAGCAUGUUGAUAAUAAUGUAAAUGAUUCAAGGGAUAAUUAACUUGUUUUAAAAAAGGAUUAUAAUAAAGAUAGCGAUAUAGACACUGAUAGUGACACUAGAAAAUAGUGAUAUAGACAAUGAUAGUGACACUAGAAAAUAGUGAUAUAGACAAUGAUAGUGACACUAGACCAUGAUAGUGAUAUAGACAAUGAUAGUGACACUAGUGAUAUAGACAAUGAUAGUGAUACUAGACAAUACCAGAGAUAAUCUAUUGACUUCAACUCGUGCCGAUGGAAUGUAUCCUUUGCAUAUAAUGAAACAAGGUCUAUCCCUGGUUUUUAUGAAAUUAACCGUCUACUAUGCUAUUCUACACAGACUCUAAAGACAAUUUUCUCCAUGAACCGUCUACUAUGCCAUUCUACACAGACUCUAAAGACAAUUUUCUCCAUGAACCGUCUACUAUGCUAUUCUACACAGACUCUAAAGACAAUUUUCUCCAUGAACCGUCUACUAUGCUAUUCUACACAGACUCUAAAGACAAUUUUCUCCAUGAACCGUCUACUAUGCCAUUCUACACAGACUCUAAAGACAAUUUUCUCCAUGAACCGUCUACUAUGCUAUUCUACACAGACUCUAAAGACAAUUUUCUCCAUGAACCGUCUACUAUGCUAUUCUACACAGACUCUAAAGACAAUUUUCUCCAUGAACCGUCUACUAUGCUAUUCUACACAGACUCUAAAGACAAUUUUCUCCAUGAACCGUCUACUAUGCUAUUCUACACAGACUCUAAAGACAAUUUUCUCCAUGAACCGUCUACUAUGCUAUUCUACACAGACUCUAAAGACAAUUUUCUCCAUGAACCGUCUACUAUGCUAUUCUACACAGACUCUAAAGACAAUUUUCUCCAUGAACCGUCUACUAUGCUAUUCUACACAGACUCUAAAGACAAUUUUCUCCCGGAUACAUUUUUAUAAUAGUAAUGGACAGAAGUUGCAUGAAACGAAGGCCUUGCAACUAAAAGAACAAUACGGAAGGCCAGAUCUAACAGAAAUCAAUAUUCUCCAGCGAGCAAUGCAGUCGAGAUAGUCAUUCUAGGAUUGGCCUAGUGAGCCACUCGUCAGAGUGUAGGCCUACAUAAGCUACUCCAUCGUCUCGCGAAGACCGAAGGAUGCCAUAUAAUGGACUAUUAACAAGACGGAAGGAUGCCAUAAAAUUGACUAUUAACAAGACGGAAGGAUGUCAUAUAAUAGACUAUUAACAAGACGGAAGGAUGCCAUAUAAUGGACUAUUAACAAGACGGAAGGAUGCCAUAUAAUGGACUAUUAAGAAGAUGGAAGGAUGCCAUAUAAUGGACUAUUAACAAGACGGAAGGAUGCCAUAUAAUGGACUGUUAACAGACACAUUUAAAAUCAUUUUAUGAUCAUGGAAUUUAGUUUGCUUGUGUAUCUGUGGAAAUAUUCCCCAGUGGCAUGUGGAAAUAUUCCCCAGCAGUUCAGUGGCAUAGGUAUUUUAGGUUCUUAAGGGUUCAAAAGGUUAUAACUGAACUGUUUAAAAGAAGUAACCAAGAUGACUUCAUAGACAAAUAUUACCGAUUGAUUCCUCAGAGAACAGUCUCUAAAAAAGUGUGAAGCAACUCUGUAUGCAGGAUCAACUACUUCUGGUGGGCAACCCAAUCUAUCACCACCCCAGGUCCAAACAGCUAUGGCCACACUAACAAGCAAGUGUGCUGGCCUACAGACUGACAUAACGGAAAUCAUUAAGGAUAUUGAAACUAAAAAAAUGGUAAAUUUUUCAGUUAAAUGUAAUUUUGUAUUAACAUUUCUGACAAGUUUUGGUGAAAAUUAUUCUUCAUUGUGAUUUGAUUUUAUAGUAAAAACCCUAAUGAACCUUAACAAAAACAAUUAUUAACCAUUUAAACUCUUUCGAUUUUUCAUGAUUAAAAAUGAUUAUUUUGCAGAAACUGAAAAACAGUUUUCUCCGUAAAGAAAAGGAGUUGUUCACAUUGUUUCACCUCCAACCCACCAAACUUCGAGAUCUUCUGAACAGUCUUACAGUCAGUACACAAGACAGACUGUGAUAUGUGAAUAACUAAACAAUUGUUCAUUUAACAAAUUCGUUCUAUUGUUAAAACUUUUUUUUCUAUUCUUUGUAUUUGCUAAUAUAAUCCCAAGUUAAUAGAAAACAAAACAACUCAGCAGGUGUAAGCUAUAAUGAGCUAUUUAUAUACAAACAAUAACAGUAAUUCCCACAGAAUGUAUUGCACAUAAUAAACGCAAUAUGUUUGUACAAGGAAAUGUUAACAGUUUUUCAACUACCCAAAAACAAGAUUACACAAUUUUUACAAAUAUAAACAUCAGUGAAAAGCUAAAUUUUAUUUAAUGAGACGUUUACUAAAUUCCAUGCUAGUUAUAACUUUCACCAUUAAGCCUAAUUAUGUCAUACAAAGAAAUAAAUUAUGACUAAAAACAAAAUCUUUUUGCACUUGUGAGUAAAUUAUUUUGUUAAUUUUAAUAUCAUUAAGUAUCAUGUACAGCUUGAACAAAAGAAACCCCAGUAAUAUUAUAUGUAUCUUAAGUUUAAAUAUCUAUUAAUUACAAGUAAUAAUACAACUAUUUGAAGCUUACCAUACUAUGAAUAUUCAAAGAAAUUUGAAUGACCAAACU